GUUGAGAAAUUAACUGGUACAGUAUAAUGCUCUAUAGUAUCCCGGUUUCAUGACAAAUCCGGCAUGUACUGGCCGGAUCAGCUGGUUUGGUAUGAGAUUCACAACUUGUUUAGAAGAUUAACAGCUUAAUUGAAGGGCGAAUACUAGGAUUAUUCCUAUGGAGCAAACCUUGUUUUUGAUGCUCUUCGACUUCAUAUAAUGAUCUGAACAUCUUUACCAAAACCUUAAAUCGUUUGUUCGUUGUGAAUCGUGCGCUAGAGGCUGUGCCUCGUGUGAUAUUCGCUGUGUGAAUUGGGCUCACCGACUUUGCACAUUCUAUAAUCGAAGGUGACAGUGACAUUUUUUACCAUGAUGAUUACUUUGAAGGUAUGAUUUUCUAAUUCAAUCUUUACUGGGAAUUAAUACUCAUUCCUUAGUACCGUAUGUUUAUGUGCUUACAUGUCUUUGUCAUCUUUGUUAUUCUAAUAGUUUCCAAUCGCAUAGUUGUGGGAGUAACAGGUCAGUCUCAAUUCCACAUUAAAAAAAAAAAAAGAACUAUUUUGUGGGUAAUAAUGAUAUAUAACUAUGUGGCGUGAUCCUAUUCUUAAUUUUUUGUGAUAAGGUGGGCUUAUUUUGGCAAGAACAUUGCUGGGGCUAUCCAUCUUGAUUGCAAUUAUUGUGUACAAGUUUCGUAGGAGACAUUUGUCUGCAGAUGAUACAAUUGAAGAGUUCCUUCAAAAGCAAAACAAUUUCAUGCCUAUUAAGUACUCCUAUUCUGAAAUAAAGAAAAUGACUAGAGGUUUCAAAGAUAAAUUAGGUGAAGGAGGAGCAAUUAUUUUCACUAGAGCUCUGUUGGGGAUAUCCAUCUUGCUUGUGAUAGUUGCAUACAAACUUCGGAGGAGGCAUUUGUCUGUGGAUGAUGUGAUUGAAGAGUUCCUUCAGAAACAGAAUAACUUCAUGCCUAUUAGGUAUACUUACUCAGAAAUAAAGAAAAUCACUGGAGGUUUUAAGGAUAAACUGGGUCAAGGAGGCUAUGGUUCAGUCUUUAAAGGAAAGCUUCGAAGUGGACAUUUUGUAACUAUUAAAUUACUGGGCAGGGCAAAAUCAGAUGGCCAAGAUUUCAUCAAUGAAGUUGCCACCAUGGGUAGGAUUCAUCAUGCUAAUGUCAUGCAGCUCAUUGGAUUUUGUGGUGAAGGAUCAAAACAAGCUCUAGUAUAUGAUUUCAUGCCUAAUGGGUCCUUGGAUAAAGUCAUAUUUUCAAGAAACAGUGAUACAUCUUUAGGUUGGGAAAAAAUGUUUGAGAUUGCUAUUGGGGUGGCUAAAGGGAUUGAAUACUUACAUCGAGGAUGUGAAAUGCAGAUUUUACAUUUUGAUAUCAAGCCACACAAUAUCCUUCUGGAUGAGCAUUUUAGUCCUAAAGUUUCUGAUUUUGGCCUUGCAAAACUAUAUCCCGCAAAUGAUAGUGUUGUAUCUCUCACUGCAGUAAGAGGUACAUUAGGAUACAUGGCUCCUGAAUUUUUUUACAAGAAAAUUGGAGGCAUCUCAUAUAAGGCUGAUGUUUAUAGCUUUGGAAUGUUGUUGAUGGAAAUGGUGGCAGGAAGAAGGAACACAAAUUCAUUUUCUGACCAAUCAAGUCAGAUAUACUUUCCAGCAUGGAUCCAUGAGCGAUUUGAUCAGGGAGAGGACAUAGAGUUGGGAGAUGUUACAGAUAUUGAAAAGAAUCUUGUCAGGAAGAUUGUCAUAGUUGCAUUGCGGUGCAUACAAAUGAAACCUGCUAUUCGUCCUUCGAUGAGCAAAGUCUUGGAGAUGCUUGAAAGUGAAGUUCAGCUACUUGAAAUGCCUCCCAAGCCUUCUUUUGUUCCAUCUGAAUUGCAGACUGCAAAUCAUGUCAAUAUAAGUCAAGCAGCCCAGCCAACUAUGUCACUCGAUGCUAGAACAUAAGGUGCACUCCAAAUGCCUUACCUUUACUUGCUUACACAUGACAGUGUCAGAUAUGUUUACAUAUCCUGCAUUGUUUAUUAAGUAAAUGACCUUUUUACAACUCAAAUAUAUCAAUCUUCAAAUGUUGUACUUUGAUAUAUCUGAUCACAUAUGGUUUCUUAAUGAAAUAAGAUUACUCUG